CUCGUUCUCUAGGGAAGGAAGGUUUGUUUUCAUUUUUUUUAUCCCGGAAUUUUAAGGAAUUUUCCCGGCUUUUCUUCUGUAAAAUACUAAUUUUUAAUCCAAAGUGAACAGAGGGAGAGUUUUCACGUGAUUUUCAUUGCAUAAGCAUGGGGGACAAGAUGUCAGAGAAGGAGAAGAAAGAGCAGGAAGAAAUGGAACUUCAGUGGAUUCAGCUGAAGAAGGAUUUUGGGGAUAAAGUAGCCGGCGAGACGACCAAGGAGAAGAUGAAGAGGAAAAUCAAAGAGAACCCCCUUGUCCCCAUAGGUUGCCUAGCCACUGCCGGUGCUCUCUCAUACGGCCUCUGGAGUUUCCGACGUGGCGAGAAGAGGAUGGCGCAGAUGAUGAUGCGUACGCGUAUUGUAGCCCAAGGACUUACAGUUGUAGCCCUCAUGGUUGGUGUCAUCCUCUCCACGGUCAAGAAAUAGGAACUUUGCUUUUUCCCGGAUCUUAGUUUUUCUUAUCCUCCUGCUCCACUGCAUAAUUUCCUGUAUAUAGGUCUCUAAGCACUCUAUGCAUUGGCUUGAGGAUUCAAGGAUAUUCUAUGCUAGUUGUUAGCCCCUUGGGAUUUAAUAAAAUUAAUAUUUUUAGAGGAAAA